CUCAUUCUUGACGCGCCCCAUCUCAGCCACCGUGGCCGACAGCGAGGGCUUUGCUUGAGGGAUUUUGCAACCGCCAUCGUCUACGCAUCUAGGCGACGUGGAGGAACGCUCCCCGGCUUACCACUAUCGCGCUUCUGUCUUUGUCCUUGGGUCACAAACCUUCCCUGCUGGCUUAGACUUACGACCGCUACGAACAACAUGCCUAGGUUGGGACUGUGGCUGGCUUAUUCCUUCCUAUCGCUCCCCCUCUGGACCCGUGGCGUGUAUGGAGACAAUACAACGUGCGCGAGCGCACAGCUGGAUUGGUAUACAGAUGCCGUUGGGGAAACGCCAUGCGUCACGUACCAGCGUUUGAGGCAAAUCUGCAACAAUGAUUAUCAAGUACAGAAGUUCAGACCCAAUACCCCAGGAGACAACUGCAACGAUCAACUCUCCGGCUGUUGCUGUAAUUCUGUAGCAUGGGCACUCAGCAUGUUGUGCAUGAAUUGCCAAUACGAUACUGAGGAAGGAGGGGACGGGAUCGAUGCUGGUGUCGGGGGAUAUGGACUAUACUUGGGAUCUUGCAGCCCUGUACAAAACAAGACGCUUCCGAACGACAUUCAGAGCGCAGUCUGCAACAAGGAAAUCAAACUGGACCGCAGUUUGUAUGGUCUGUUCUGGGACACCGGUGCUUGGUUUUAUGUUUACACGAAGGAGACGAUUGUGGCAGACCUCGCUGCGUCAAACAACAACACGUUCACCAAUUGCGCAUCGACAACGAAGAACGAUACCACCACGACAUCCGGCACCCAAACAACAUCAGGAGCCCUCACUGGAUCUGCAGCGCCGACAUCGACCGGCUCCUCAAGCUCGAGUUCUCACACUGGUGCGAUUGUGGGCGGCGUCGUGGGUGGAAUCGUGGGUGCCAUUGCUCUCGGAUUAGUCGCAUUCUUCCUCUUGCGUCGACGAGCCCGAUCGCAAGGCCCGCGGCCUCUUGACCUCGCUGGCGAGUACCGCUACGAAGAUGGUGGAGAUCCGCCAAUGAGCACAGUCACGCCUUUUUCGGCGACUGCUUCGCAAGGCCCAACUUCGAGGUACGGCCGAACAUCAGAUCUCGCGGAGGAAUCUGAAUCAAUUGCAUUGCUUCCCAGAAGCGGUCCACAGUCCAGUGCAAGCGGGAGUGGGGCAGGCAGCGGGCUCAUGCUCGCCGGCGGAAGUGCCGCUACCACGUCCUCCAAAUUUGCUGGGGUUGACGGCUAUCCUCAGUCGCCGCCAGCACUCGACGAGGAGGGCGAGCGACAUGCGGACGCCGGUCCUGUUCCUCAGCUACAACGCUCCGCGUCUGGACGCUUGCCUCCGGCGUACCGGUCAUGGGAGGACGAACCGAAUGAGCUGGAGCCGGAGCCACAAUGGGACGGUCCGAGCGUCACUGGAGUUCCGUAUGCCGCUGCAGCUAGUUCUUCGGACGCUGCACCGCUCCCUCAGACGCCUUUGUCUCCCCAGUACCCUGCGGACGUGAAGCGGCCUGCUGGUCAUCAUGAUGGUUACAUUUGACCUGCUCGACUUGACUUCAUGGAUGUUCGUCAUCUUUUCUGGAUGGUUGAACGCUUCAAGUUCGUUUCCGCUUUAUAGUCUCCCGUGUUCACACUUCGCCCGUCGCCUUUGCUUCUAUACCUCAUGCUAUCCAUGGUAGGAUACGACCGUACUCCAUCUAGUUAGAUCUCACCUAACGUGCGACCGCCAUCGUGUACACAUCUUUCAUGAAGGCCUAACUUGACCGCUCAAGUAUCACUCGCUCGUAGGCGCUUUCGCUCAUCGAACUCGAUAACAACGCCGCUUGCACACCAUUUGGAGAACUCGACGGUUUGCUCGGUUUGAAUCACUCACCGACUACCUUCUCGCUCUCAUGACCGCACACCUGAGCAGGCUCCUUCAAGCAUAUCGUACGACUUGAUACUUCUCCCGGUCUCCGUGUUCUCGCAGCACCAUCCAGGCUGUGUCCUUGACGUUUCAUCGUUCUGUGCAGUGCCGCGCGUACUCAUAUGAUCCAUCCGCCGUCCCAAGGGUGCCCUAGUCUCGUUCCCAUCCGUUCUAGCGCUUACAGUCUGUACCCGUUUCCCCCUCUUCAAGAUCCAUUCACGAUCCUUUCCAUCAAUUCAUCCUUCC